UCAGUCUCGCUGAGAUCGUGGACAAGUGUUCGAAGCUUUGUAGCGUCAAGUGGACUGCAACCUACGUAAUGGAUCUACUCUAGAGUUAUUAUAAUUCGCGUUCGUUUACGGUUAUUUUUGCCGGGGAGUCAAGUUCAGUCAAGUUUUAAUGUUUAGCGCAAAGUAAAAAGAAUAAUAAGGACUGCGUACGUAUUGACGUACAUCUGAUGCAGAUAUCUGCUCGACACAGUUUCGUUCAGGAUGGACACUAAAACCCUACCAAGCCUUUUAAGUUUGAAGGUGGCUCCUCCGUCAGAGCUUCAAAAUCAGAAUGUUGACAAUGGAGUUGGAGAUGGAGAUAGCGGCUCUGUUAAACUACCGGCUGCUCUGGAGCAAGCUCUGGCAUUUAAAACAGAGAGAGCCAAGGAAGUGGGUGGAGAUCCAAACGACGUUUCCAUAAGUAAAUCACCAACGGAUGAUAAUGAGGAUGUUCCUCAGAUAGAGGAUGUCAUAACGGAACUGGAACCAGCUAUGGAGAAAGUAGAAUCUAAAUCAAACAAGACAAAGAAGAAGAAAAAGUCAAAAAGGAAGAGGCACAAUACAGAGAGAAAAGACUCUGAACAGAAGAAGGAUGGCAUGGAGGAGGCUAAGACUAAAGAAGAUUUGCCAGAGAUUGAGUAUAUACAGGAGAUACCAAGCAUAACUGAUUUGGAGCCUAUGUAUCGUCAAUUUGUUAGAGUCUUUGAGGCGUUUAAGUUGGUGGAGCCAGAACCAAAUCUGAACGAUGCAGCUGAUAAGGGUGAACCCAUUGGGCAGUAUCCACCGGUGACAAAUAUACAAACUACUGGUGUACCGAGUAAGGUACCAUUGUUGGAUGAUUUUGACGACGAGGUGAAUCAGCAGCAGCAGCAACAGGGUACCGGGGAAAACGGCGCACCGCGUCUAUCCAAGCGCAAGCUCAAAAGACUGACGCGGUUAAGCGUAGCGGAAUUGAAGCAGCUGGUAGGUCGUCCGGAUGUCGUAGAGAUGCACGACGUUACUGCGCGGGAUCCGAAGCUGCUCGUACAACUGAAGGCUCAUCGAAACACGGUACCGGUGCCGAGGCAUUGGUGCUUCAAGCGCAAAUAUCUUCAGGGUAAACGGGGCAUAGAGAAACCGCCCUUUGACCUCCCAGACUUCAUAAAACGUACUGGUAUCACGGAGAUGAGGGCGAGCUUACAGGAGCGCGACGACACGCGUACAUUGAAAGCGAAGAUGCGGGAGCGAGCGCGACCCAAAUUGGGCAAGAUUGACAUCGACUAUCAAAAGUUGCACGAUGCGUUCUUCAAAUGGCAGACGAAGCCACGGAUGACGAUUCACGGUGAUCUCUACUACGAAGGCAAGGAAUUCGAGACGCGUUUGAAGGAGAAGAAACCUGGAGAGCUGUCGGACGAGCUGCGUACAGCUUUGGGCAUGCCAGUAGGACCGAAUUGCCAGAAAGUACCACCACCAUGGCUCAUAGCUAUGCAACGUUACGGCCCACCUCCGAGUUAUCCAAAUCUCAAAAUUCCCGGCUUGAACGCACCUAUUCCAGAGGGUUGCGCGUUCGGCUAUCACGCGGGUGGCUGGGGUAAGCCACCGGUAGACGAAACGGGAAGACCACUAUAUGGAGACGUAUUCGGUAUAUCGCGUACGGCAGGCGCAGAUGCGAUGGACGAGGAAAUAGACCGGGGAAUGUGGGGCGAGCCCGAGUCGGAGUCCUCGGGCGACGAGGACGAAGAUGAGGACGCCGAGGAAGGUGGUGAGGGCGGUGAAGGCGAAGGAAAGGAUGGAGACGGUGAUGCCAGUGGAUUAGUCACACCCGGCGCCGAGGGUCUGAUCACGCCGAGCGGCAUCACGUCGAUUCCAGCAGGCUUGGAGACUCCGGAAACCAUUGAACUGAGGAAGAAAAAAAUUGAGAGUGAGAUGGAGGGCGGUGAUACACCUGCACUCUACACGGUGCUGCAGGAGCGACGUACGGAGGGUCUAGGCGCUAGUAUGAUGGGCAGCACCCACGUGUACGAUAUGACAGGUGCGGCAGGAGGCCAGGCACCGCCGUCCGUGAUCGCCGCACGCCGCGGUGCCAUCAGCGGCAGCGCGAGCGACGCUCGAGCGGAGAAGGACGGCGCGGUGGAAUUGACCUUGGAUCCCAGUGAACUGGACCUUGAUUCCGAGGCAAUGGCAUCCAGAUAUGAGGAAACGAUGAGGUCGAGACAAGCACAUCUCAGAAGGGAAGACUUGUCGGACAUGUUGCAAGAUCAUGUACAACGACAAAAGAGCAAACGUAAACGCCAGCAAAUCCAGGACACAAAGACAUCUAAGAAAUAUAAAGAGUUCAAAUUUUAAAUGUAUUAUUUCUCCAAUUAUAUGUAUUGUAUUAUAGAAAUUAAAUUGAGCCAUGAAAAAAUUAAGCUUAAUAUCACUUUAAUAAUGAAACAGUUA